CAGUGGUGGUCGUUUGCUGGAAUCUCGUGGUUGAUUGUCCGAGUCACGUUUUGUUAGAGGCUAGUAAAUGUUUACAAAUGCCAAUUUCCGUGUGUUGCGGUUCAUAGACAAUAUUUAUUAGAAAUGUGACUGUCUGCAGUGAUUGACAUCGUGUCGUUCUUUAAAUAUGAGUGACUCGGACAAGAACGAUGAUGACACUUGGGAAGAUUUCUUCGGAGCGCCAACCGAGCUGAUGCCUAGUAUUCUGGGCGCUUUGGACGCCAUCAUAGAAAGUAACAGAACUCAAAACGUGAAUGCACCAAGAAAAUCUCCGCAAGUCGGAAAUUUUGCCAAUCUUUCGCCCUGCGUUCAGAAGAUUCUAGCCAACGUACCCGACCAAGAGCUCAACAAACGUUUCAACUCGGAAGAAACUUUGGGACCAAAACGCGGCAAUAGGACGUCGAUUUACAGAUCACUGCGGUCGCCGGAAAAACACUUGAACAGAAGCAACGAGUCGCUGGAUAUUAUUUCCCCGAAUGUGCAAAAGAUGAUUUCGAAUUUUCCGGAUGCUGAACUUGUUUUGCCAACCAGUGAUAGGAGUAAGCCUAGUCGAAACGGCUCGUUUUUGCACUCCAAGAGUGACGGAACGCCGAAAAUUUCCUACCAAGAUGAAGACUUUUGCGAUGGCAGUAAAUCGAAUGGUGUGAAUAGUGAAUGUGAUAGUUUGAGUGUUGGGGAAGUAGACACUUGUGACAGUUUCAAGAACAGUGACGGCUGUUAUAGUCCCAAGCCGCUCGGAUCGUACUUGCACACUUCCCACGGGAUUGCUUCGAGGACGCCUGUCGGGAGGAAAAACAUGGGGAAGUACCUCCAGGUUCCGAGUGAGACAAGUGUGGGCACAAGCAGUACGACGUCGUCUGAAGUUUCCCGCCCUGUUUCACUCACAAGCCUAGGGUCGUGUUCUUCUAGUGGAAGCAGUGGCCCCCAUCAACCCAAUUCAGCAUAUCUCGCCUCGGCCGAAAGUCUCGACAGCGACCCCGAACCCACCGGAAGCCAAGGUUCGGCAGACAGUGGCAUAGCAGAACAGCCAACAAUGAGUCCUGAAGCUCGAGUUCUGCAGGAAGUGUUAGAUACAGAAACCGUAUACGUCGCCGACCUCAACGAGGUCAUCCAGGGAUAUUUGGUACCUUGGAAAGAAGAUCCCGACUGCUUACUCUCCGAACAUUUACCUCACCUAUUCAGCAACUUGGAAGAGAUUUAUAGAUUUAACAGGUCCUUCCUCGAUCAGCUUCGUGGCGCUGAUUUCAAUCCAACAAAAAUCGCAAACGUCUUCAUUCAAAACGAUUCAGGUUUUGCCGUCUACAACGAAUAUUGUACUAACUAUCCUCGCACAAUGGAAGUACUAAGCGAAUUGACUCGUGAUGAAAAGAUGGCCUCUUUAUUUCGAGAGAAACAAAUGGCUUUAAGUCAUGCUCUACCUUUAGGCUCGUAUUUACUCAAACCAGUCCAAAGAAUUCUUAAAUAUCACCUUUUGCUCCAGAGGCUUUCAAAACAAUGUGAUCCGGACCAUAAGCCGGCAGUAGAUUUAGCUUUAGCCACAAUGACUGCAGUCGCGUCAAGUAUUAACUCGAUGAAAAGAAAACACGAACAUGCAGUUAGGGUGCAUGAAAUACAAUCACAGCUUUAUGGAUGGACCGGUCCAGACCUCACAACUCUUGGCGAGCUGAUCGCUGAAGGAACUUUCAGAGUUAAUGGGGCUAGAGGUAGAAGACAUGUGUUUCUUUUUGAUAAGGUUUUACUCAUGGCCAAGAAUAAACAAGAUGGUGCUUUAGCUUACAAGUCGCACAUUGAGUGUUCGAAUUUAAUGCUUGUGGAACAAGUAAGAGGAGAACCGCUGUCGUUCCAAAUUUUGCCUUUUGAUAAUCCUCGGUUGCAAUGUACUCUUCGAGCGAGGUCACCUCAAAACAAACGAGAGUGGACUCUACAAAUCAAAAGAGUCAUUUUAGAAAAUUACAGUGCGGUUAUACCAAAUCAUGCCCGCCAACUGGUCAUGCAACUCGGACAAGAUGUUCAAGAAACUGAAGAUACAACGGAGAAAUGGUCACCAUUGAAUAAAAAUUCAACUCCUCAUUAUCUCGAACGUAGGUCAAGGGUUAGAAAAUCUCGGGAUUUGUCAAACCGUCGCGCUUCUUCGCAAGAUCGAGCGUUCCCGUCUUUGGGAAGUUGGAGACGAAAAUCUGAGCCCAGUAUGGGUUUGAUCCCGCAAUACACCGCUAAAACCAUCCCCAAGAAGAUUUCAAAACUCAAAAAAGCCAAAGAAAGUGGUGCUAAAUUCUACACGGACUUGUCUGAUUCGGAGAAUUACGACGUGAUUGGGGAAUCGAAUGAAAGUUUGGCGAUAUCUGCGAACGUUGAUACUCCCGACCAUUGCGAAAACAGCAACGAAGAGCCUCCCAAGAGCAACAAUCUAGAAAAAAUUGUCACAGACUUGCUGAUGCAAAAUGAAGAAUUCCACAAAGCUCUUAAUCGGCAAAGAAGAACGCGGGCCAGUGAACCUGAACCGCCGACAUGGUUUGAGGAAGAAGCCAGACCGAAGUUACCCAGUAAAGCGGAUUCUUUGCCCAGAUCUUUCCAACUCAAUGAUCAAAUCGACGACGGUAAAAACAAAAACCAAUAUCAUGCUUUGGAUGAGUCAUUGAAAGAGAAUCCCGACCCUGAUGAGCAACACGAAAAUGAUCUCGCGUCUCAACUCGAUGACAACGAAUAUCCAGAACACAAAAUAUACCGCAAGACUGCCAUUCGAUUCAGUUUACUACAACGAAUUCGGACACUCAUGUCGGAGGAAGAAAAGCGCACUACGAAGUACCCCUUACAUAAGCAAGGCUCAAAAAGCAUGGGCGAGAAAAUCGCACAUCCCGAUUACGCCGACCCGCAGAAACUUUUCAACUCAUGUAGUUCCAGCAGGACGAAUUUAAGCGUGGAGCUGUCGGAAUGUGAGAUGAUGAAGGAACCGGAACGGUUGGAUAUGACAAUAAGUGAAAAAGAAGUACUUAAUGAAUUCGAGAAGCGCCUUAAUAAUAGUACAAAACUUGUACCAGACACGGGCCAAGAUGUUUUAAAUGUUUCUAGUCAAAGCGAGUUGCUAGAACAAGAAGAGUCUACUGAAAAUAUCAAUUCUAGUCAAAAUUCGGAUAGUUAUUAUGAGAGUAUACUCGACAAGAGUUUAGUUGAAGAGUAUACGAAAGACGAGAAUGGUAGAUUAGUUGCCAAACAAGAUAGCUUUAAAGGUAACGAAAACUGUUUCUACAUUCAUAAAUUCAGAGCUUCGGAAAAGGAAGGUUAUUCCCAAGUGAAAACACUAAGGGAAGUGAAUGGCAACAGCAUUGAAAAGAAAACUACAUACAAAAGGCCCACCAAAGCUCCUCCGCCCAUUCCCGUGAAACCUAGUAGAUUGGUUAUCAGUACAAAGAACAUUUCAAACGUAAUAAUGUCAACAGAGACAAUAAAGUCUGGUACAACUAAUAUUCAAAAAAUUUACAUAGAUCAAAGUAAAACAAAUGCUGAUAUAAAUCACGAAACUAGAAAUGUUAAUGUCAGUGAGAAGAGUUGGGUGAAGACAAUGGUUGGACGAUUCGAAUGACAUUUCAAAAAUUCAUAAUCAAACUUUCCCAUGUGCUAUAUGUGGCUGUUCUAGUUUUAUUCUUGUUCGUUUGAAGAGUGUGUUUGUUUAUAUGAUAGUUGAUAAAAUAUUUAUUUUUUAAUACAAAACAAAGGAAAUUAUUGUAAAGUUUCAACUAUUUUUCUCUAUGGUUAAAAAUGUUACGCAUAUUAAAUUUACCAUAGUAAAUUAAAUGUGCCAAAUGGGUCCUUAUUUUCAGGAUCUUUUAAAUUAUUAUUUGUUAAAGGUAGCACUAAUUUUGUAAAAAUAUCAAUAAAUAUUUUAAAUCUUUA